AUGGGGCAGCCUCUACCUUUUCAACCUGGCACGAGUUUUGGAACAACCACACAUCCACCUCCACCUCCACCUGUAGUUGUGACAAGGUCAGCCUCUGGCACUAGUAGUUUUGGUUCUGCUUUACGUCCAAGGAAUAUUGAUAUCAGAAUACGUACAGGUUCAACUUCAAAUUUCAUUAACAACUCUUCAACUGCAAACAGAAAAGAAAUCUCUAGUUACUGA